AUGUGGAGAGGAGGCAAAGGACGAUACUUUUUCAAUAAGUCGAAAUCACAUAACCAAAAUCAAGGAAGGUCAUUUAAGAAGUAUACUCCUUGACCGAAGAGAGCCCUGAACAACAGCAAUCAGUAUUUUAUGGACGAGUUUCUGGCAUUAUAUAAGAAAGUUAACAAGUCAGGAGGGUACUCGAAUAUGAGCUCAUGAUAUAAAAGGGUCUGACUUGCUCUUUCUAAGUAUCCAUUCCCUAUUGUAAAAUCAGCUCAAUGUAAGCAUCUUGAAGGAGUUGGUGAUAAAAUGCAAGACAUGUUUCAUAAGUUUAUAAAAAGAAGAGAAAGCAAGUAUCUUGAAAAACAGCGAGAACAUCCCGAUUUUGAUGAGGAUAAUCACCUUACUUUGGCCCAAAAGAUCGUAGCAGAGGAUCAUCAGAUCAGAGCUCAAGAGACAGGUUUAUAAAUAACCUAUUCAAGAGAAAGAAGGUUGGCGAGCUUGACGGAGAAGGCAUUGGCAAUAUUGAUAGAAAUAAUCUAAACGCUGGUACAAAGAGAAGAAAGAAGUUAGAAGGUUUUCUUGAUAUUGGAAGCUCUACCUGGAGCAUGUUUCUAGCUUGAUACUUCAUUUCAUUCUAUAAAGGAGCUGAUCAAGAAGCAAUCAAAUUCGAUAAGCACAGUAUCCAAAAUAUGCUGAACCACAUCUCGAGGCAAGUGGGUAAGAACAUUCCUAUUGAUAAGAAAUUUGACAAAGAUGAGUUUGACAGGGUUCUAAAAUCAGAGCUAAUUAUUAAAGAUAAUGAUGAUAACUAUUCCAUUACCGCUAAAGGGAUCAAAAGAGCAAUUAGGAUUUGAAAAGAUGCCGGUAUUCUUGUCGAGGUGAGGAAAGCCCAUGGUCCCAAUAACCCAGAAAAGACUAAUGAGGUCAGCGUAAGCCUUUUUGACCGUAAUAUGCUCCCUCAAAUGGAGAAGUUUUCAUCAGGAACUCAGGUUAAAGGAGAUGACUUUAGUAUUGAGCAAGAGAACAAAAUUUUUAGUGGUAUUGUCAAUGAUUUAGAGGACACUAUCCAGAACACUAAAGAUAAUAUCCACGAUAAGGAUGAUAAUGACACAACUGAAAUUGCACACAGUUCCAAUCAUGAAGAAAACGGGUUGCUUAAUUUUAAGGAAGGCUUAGACACAGUUAAAGAGGAGGAAGAUGAGGAAGAAGAGAAACAUGUUCAACUCGAGUUCAAAGAUGAACCAAGAGAUGAUAAACCUCACAAUUUCAAACUAGUAUUGAUUAUUGAUAAUAGGGAGGUCAGAACCAGAGAAGAUAGAGAUUACCUGUAUAAUAAGCUCUCUGACUGAAAUAUUUACUGUGAGAGAAGGAGUCUCCCGCUUGGUGAUUUCAUAUGGCUUUUAAGAGUACCAAGAAAAUACAAAAAGUUAAGCAAGAAGGAGGAAAAGAGGAGAGCUAAGCUUAAGAAAAAGAAGCAAACCGCUGAAGAGGUUAUCAAAGAAGAAGAAAUCGAGAACUCUGAUAAAGAAAAUGAUGAUAAGAAGGACUUUAUGGAUAUGUACAAUGAAGAGGAUCUUCUUGAUCCAAACGAAAUAGAUUUCACUAACCCAGAUCAUUAUUAUGAAUACGUGCUUGACUUAAUCAUCGAGAGAAAGACAUCUAAUGAUCUGGCUGCUUCCAUUCGGGAUGGAAGGUAUGACGAGCAGAAGUACAGACUGAGAAAUUGUGGGAUUAAUAACGUAGUUUAUCUUAUUGAAGGAAAACUCAAAGGAAAGCAGAACAUUCCAGAAUCAACUCUUGACACUGCUUGACUCCAUACAAGGUUGUACAGUGAAUUCAGCAUCAUCAAAACUGAUAGUGAAAAAGACACUCUAAGGUGGUUCGUCGAGGUUCAUAACUUUAUUGAGCAAAGUAUGAAGAAAUGGUCUGCUUAUAAAUGCCAAACAUCAUUCAUGGAAUAUUCUUCAUUUGCUAAAGACUCUGCAAAAAGUGGUAAUAAGACCCUUGAAAAUGUCUUUGCCCAGCAGUUGAGAGGCAUCAAAGGUCUUGGACCAGAGAAUUUAUCUAUCAUCGUCAAGGUUUUUAGAACCCCGAGCCUUCUCUUUGGAUGAUAUGACAGAUGAAGAACAGACGCACAAGCUUUAAAUCUUCUGAAUUCUGCAAAGCUAGAAUACUUCACUAAAAGAUUGAACCAGGAGAAUGAAAGUGAAAUAGAAUUAGCACAAGUGAUUUCAAAUGCAAAGCCUAAAAAGUUUUCUGAGAAACUAAAAGGCUCUCUUGCAAAGGAUGUAUUUAAGAAGGUGAACAAGAAGAUAUCAGAGAUGCUGUAUAAAAUUUACUACUGAAAUAAUUACUCUAAAUAA